AUGGGUUGUGCAGUGAGUAGAGAUAAGGAAGCCAUCGAGCGGUCGAAAAACAUUGACCGUGCCCUACGUGCCGACGGUGAGCGGGCGGCCAGCGAGGUGAAGCUGCUGCUGCUAGGUGCGGGCGAAUCGGGCAAAUCGACCAUCGUAAAACAGAUGAAGAUCAUCCACGAGACGGGCUACUCACAGGAGGAGUGCGAACAGUACCGGCCGGUCGUGUACAGCAACACCAUACAGAGCCUGAUGGCGAUCAUCCGGGCGAUGGGCCAGCUGCGGAUCGACUUUGCCGACCCGAGCAAAACGGACAUUGCGCGCCAGUUCUUCACGUACGCGUCGGCCACCGAGGAGGGCGAGCUGACGCCCGAGCUCGUCGCGCUGAUGAAGAAGCUGUGGACGGACCCGGGCGUCCAGCAGUGCUUUGCGCGCUCGCGCGAGUAUCAGCUCAACGAUUCGGCCGCCUACUAUCUGAACUCGCUCGAUCGCAUCUCGCAGCCGGCGUACAUCCCGACGCAGCAGGACGUGCUGCGGACGCGCGUCAAGACGACCGGCAUCGUCGAGACGCACUUUAGCUUUAAGUCGAUACAUUUCAAAAUGUUUGAUGUCGGCGGUCAGCGAUCGGAGCGAAAGAAGUGGAUACACUGCUUCGAAGGUGUCACGGCCAUCAUCUUCUGUGUCGCACUCUCGGGAUACGAUCUAGUGCUGGCCGAGGACGAGGAAAUGAAUCGCAUGAUCGAAUCGAUGAAGCUGUUCGACUCGAUAUGCAACUCCAAGUGGUUCGUCGAAACGUCCAUCAUCCUGUUCCUCAACAAGAAGGAUCUGUUCGAGGAGAAGAUCGUCCGAUCGCCGCUGACAAUCUGCUUCCCAGAGUAUACCGGUUCCAACACGUACGAGGAAGCGUCCAGCUACAUCCGGAUGAAGUUCGAGAACCUGAACAGACGAAAAGAUCAGAAGGAAAUCUACACCCACCUAACGUGCGCCACCGACACCAGCAACAUUCAGUUCGUGUUCGACGCCGUCUCGGAUGUGAUCAUCAAGAAUAAUCUUAAGGACUGUGGGCUGUUCUAAGCAGACGAAGGGGGGCUGCUUCUUUUGUUUGGUUUGUUUUGCAGCGUAGUACAGUGGCAGUAGUAGUAGUAGCUAGUAGUAAUAUGGACUUGCAAUGACCGGCAGCUCCUACGGUACAGAGAAAGCGACGACACAGUGCCCGGACGCGUCCGGACAUUGACGAAAAGGCCGACAACAAAGCAGACAUUUGGCCUCUGCCUUUUGUGCGGCGUUUUUCUUUUUUACCUACUUAUAUCGUUAGGGAGUGCUAUUAUUAUGUUUAGUUACACCCUACCACCCGAACCCCCAGAUCGCGUCCCCGUUGCCCCGUUCUUCACCCGUGGUAGAUUACUUUACUAAGCGCAAAAAGAAACGUUCAAUAGAGCACAAUCUCCUCUCUCUUUUCUGUUUUGUUCACCUGUGCCGUGUGUAAUUGGUGCUUAUACAGACGGAAUACAGCAUUAAUUUGACGAUUGGGGGACGCGAUCGACCACACGGGCGCCUUUUUUAGACGAUAAUUUAAUUCAUAUCCAUCAUCCUUUGAUUUGCCUUUUUCAUUUCACCGUCUUCGACAGAAGUGCAGAUAUUCCCUCAAUCAAUAACCCUACUUCUUAACUCGUGUGUCUAAGCCUUUUGUAUUUAUCUAAGCCAAACACGCACGAGAACGGUUCUGUGUGUGUGUGUGUGUUUUCCAUAUUGUUUUAAUCCUUCCGUAUAUUAAACAAAAAAGAAAAGAAUAGGUUACUGUAGGCAAAACUAGGUUAAGGACUAUGGAAGACGAAAUGGAAAUGGUGGGACGUUUGUAAUAGAAACGUUCGUUGGGGAAGUACGAUUGUGUUUUUGUGGUACGCCAAGACGCUUGCAGGCGCGUACAUCUUCAAAACACACAGAAAAGGUGACAUUAAUUAACAAUUUUUUUUUCUUUCACAAUGAAACAGAAAUGAGUCGAUACGACAAGCCCAGAGAGAAUUAGCUACCUUUUUUAGCUAUCGAUAGCGGUAAUGUUUGUGCAGGUACUCCUCCUUUCUGUUGGAUUUCCAAUUUCGUCCAAAAAUUCAUUUCGAACAGAACAAGCACACGUUAAACGUUAAGCAACACAACAUUCUGCUACUCUUAAAUGAACAGGGCGGAACAACGUGUGAGAGCGUGUGGUUUUUUGCUGCAUUUUCCCUUUUUUUUGGAUAAUUAUCUAAAUUAUUAAGCCAGCGCUAUAAAAAUGCCAAUUUCUUUGCCAUUCCAUCAGCGCAAGCUCACGCGCCAUCUAGGUAGGGGGUGUGUAAACCCAAUCGCGGGAGUGGCCUUUCGUUUCGUUUCGUUCCUUUAUACUAAUUUUCUCGUAUUUAACAUGGACUUUCU